AUGAUACAAAUAUUCGAGUUUUGGGCAGCUGCAGCUCUCCUCCUGGAAGGUCCGCCAGAGGAGCGCGAGUGCGAGGUUCAGGUGUUGUCGCCAGUCGCUCCUCUCCGGCCCCCGCAGCUCCACCACCAGCUCCCGCACCAACGCCACCACCACCAGCACCACGCUCAGGGAACUGUGCAUCAUCCCUUCCCCCAGCAGCAGCAACAGCAGCAGCAACAGCAGUACCCCCAGCAGCAGCUCCAGCACCUGGCAGCGCCGCACUCCCAGCCGCUGGGCCAGCAGCGCCUGGGGCCCGCGUACCCGUGCCCUUACUGCGGCAAGACCUUCGACCGGCCCUCGCACCGCGACCGCCACGUGCGCAUCCACACGGGAGAGAAGCCCUACCGAUGCCCGGUGUGCUCGCACUCCUCCAGCCUCAAGGAGAACCUCAAGUCCCACUUCCUCCUCAAACACCCGGGCUGUGACCCUGGCGUGUUGAUGGCGCCGAUGCCGCACAGAUGA